UUCUUCAUCUUCUUAUUAUUUGUAAUUUAUCGAGAAAUAACUGUUGAAUCGCAAAGCAAUUAAUAGAAGAUGGCUUACAAUUUUCCGGGUGUACCAGCGGCCGCUAUGCCACCAAUGGGUAUGGGACCGAUGGGAGCCCUUGCUCCCAUCGCAGGACCUCAAAGCUUUAUGGAGUUAACAGGCCAAGGAUUUCCUCCUCUACCUCCACCAAUACCAAUGCCUGGGAUGAAUGAUUCUCCUUUAGAAUUCAGUACGAAUAAGAAUCAACCACCAGUGGUUAGAGAGACUUCUGAAGAUAGCAGUGAUAAAAGAAGUGAAAAGAAUGAAAUUCGACGUGAAAGAGAAAAUAGAGAUAACAGAGAUAAUCGAGAUAACAGAAGAUCUAGAAGUGACCGAAGCGACAGAAGAGAGAGAGAUAGAGAAAGAAGGGAAGAACGAAAUGAAAGGGAUAGAAGAGAAGAACGAAGGCCAGAUGAUCGAAACAAUAUGAAUUCUACCAACAACAAUAGUAGUCACAAUAAUAAUUCAAACGGUAAUGAAAUUCCAUCAUCGUCAAAUACUGGAAGCACUUCGAAUCUGGGAGCACAAAUGGAACAAGCAACAGGAGUUUGGGGAAUGAGUGUAGGAUAUCCAGUGAUGGGAAUGGCUCCGAUGGGACCAAUGGGACCAAUGAUGAGUGAAAUGACACUAGGUCCACAUAUGGGACAUACUCAUAGUUAUGGAGCUAUGAGCAUGGGAAUGAUGUCACAUGAUGGUAGUAUGAUAAGUGCACAAAUAUUAGGACCGGAACAAAUAAUGAACGAUGCUGCCCAAAUUAUGAGUGGUGCCUUACCUCCUCCACCAACAACACCACAAGGUACCAAAGAAAUUAUACAUUGUAAAAGUUGUACGCUGUUCCCACCGAAUCCGAAUGCUCCACCUCCAACAACUAGAGAAAGACCUCCAGGAUGCAGAACAAUUUUUGUCGGAGGUUUGCCGGAAAAUAUCACAGAAACGAUAAUUCAAGAAAUAUUCGAACGAUGUGGAGAGAUAACCACUUUACGACUCUCUAAGAAAAAUUUUUGCCACAUACGUUUUGUACUCGAGAGUAGCGUUGACGCAGCUAUUUAUUUGUCUGGAUACAGAGUAAGAAUAGGAUCCAGUGGUGAUUCUGCAAACACUGGCAGGCUCCAUGUGGAUUUUGCUCAGGCUAGAGACGACCAAUAUGAAUGGGAGUGUAGGCAGCGUCAAUUACAAAGGGAACAACGCCAUAGAGAACGAGUUGAGAAGGAAAGGCAAAGGGCGCCGUCCAGUCCUCCGCCAGUAGUACAUUACACUGAUCACGAAGCAUCGAAUAUCUGCGAGAAGAUUAAACAAGACGAUACAUUUAUGAAAGCGGUACAAAAAACACGUUCUGUCCCGUUACAAAACAAGCGCAUUAAAUCGUUCCAGGUUGUCGUGACAUGGCUCGAGCGUGGAGACUGUACCAAACGCAACGCUAACACUUUUUACUCGAUGAUUCAGUCAACAAAUUCUCACGUUCGAAGGUUACUCACGGAAAAAGUUGCAUACGAAGAGGAGCUUCAGAAGGCAAAGGAGCUAAUGAAAGGCAGAAUGCAGGGGCUCUUGAUACAAUUCAGUCAGAUUGAACGCGUCUUUACUGCGGCCAGCCACAAGAAGGUCUGGGAUCACUUCACAAAGGCUCAACGGAAGAACAUCGAAAUGUGGAAGAAACAAUCCUCGGAAAUUAAAGCGGUACAACUUGAAGAAUCUUUAAUGGAAGGUGAAGGAGAGAUGGAAGUUUCCGAUUCGGAGGAGGAACCACAACGCAAAAAACUGCGCAAUCAAUCGGAUGCACACGAAGAUUUGGAAAGAUUGCAAGCGUUGAAGGAAGAGAACGAUAGCCUUCGGUGUCAGUUGGAGGCGUAUAAGAACGAGGUAGAUUUAUUAAAAUCGGAGACAAAAAGUGAAAUUGAUGCGAAGGAUAAGCAAAUGAAGAUGUUGCAACAAACUUUGAAAGGCAUGCAAGAACAGUUGAUGCAGUCGAGGAAACAGCAAGCCCAAGAUGACCAGAAAAUUAAGGAUUUGACUGUAAAGCUAAAUGCCACGAAGAAGGAGGAACCGCGGGAAAGCGAAAUAAUAACGUUAGAUAAGGAUGAUGAUAUCAACGAAGAACCUCGAACUCCAAAACAAUUAGUUUUAACUUCUAGUCUCGUCCAGAUUACUCAAAAGGAUGCCAAGCUGAUAGGACUAAUAGCGACAUUUUUACAUAUUCAUCCGUUCGGUGCAAGCGUAGAUUAUUUGUGGUCCUAUUUACAAAAAAUGGAACCAGGUAUAAAGCCAAAUGAAGUAGAAGCUCUGAUGCAACGGUUUCCUCAAGUCUUUAAACAGGAUUUAUUCGGUAUCGGAGCAAACAUGGAAAGGCGUUGGCAAUUUUCAGGUUUUAACGUUUAUCGUAGUCAUUGA